UGGGUCUCGCUCGCUGAGUGGUGGUGGCAGCGCGCAGACCCGGAAGUGGGGCCGCCGUAGGGGCUGGAGCUGCCGGGUCCGCGGCCCCCCCGGAUCCAUGGAUUCCCUGCUCUUCCUCUCCGCCCGCCGGCUCGUCGCCCACCGCCCCCUUCCCACUGUCCCCGCCCAGCUCUAUCCCGUCCUCUUCCAAGCUGCAUUCCUGGAUGGGAGACUAGUCCUGCAGGAUUUGGUGGCCGAGUGGCCCUUCCCGGUGCUCAACUUCCAGCGGAUCGUGGGGGUCGGGAGCCGGGAGCUGCUCCGGGAUCACUCCUCCAAGCUCUGCAUCCAGUCCGUCAUCGGGGCCGUCGUGGAGCAGAUCCGGCAGGACCUGGAGGAAGCAGGCCAUGAUUCCAGCCGGUGCCGUCUCCGUGUACUGGAUGUGACAGGACUCCGGGAUGAUGCCGCUGGCCGUGCUCCGGAAGGGAUGAGUGUCUGGUCUGGCACCGUGGCCCUGGCCAAGGCUUGUGUGGAGGUCUCCAAACACCAGCGGGAACUCCAGAAAUGCAGAUCCAGGAGCCACAAGGGCCGUUCCUGCACCACGGCAGCUCCGCGAUUCAUCGACAUCCACGCCGAUCUCUUUGUCAAUGGAACAUCCUAUGGGAUCCUGUGGGAUGCACUCCAGGCCGUGAACACCAGCCCACUGCGCCUCAAGUGCCGGGAGUUCCAAGCCGAGGAGCUCUGCCUGGCUGGAAUUGUGAGUUUGCUGAAAUCCUUGGAUCCCUCUGGCUUAAGGAGGGGGGACCUUCGCUUCAACAACCUUGGACUGGGGGGUCUCUCCUUGGUUUUGCCACAUCUCUCCCGAUUCCUGGGUCUCCGAAGCCUCCGACUUCCCUACAGCAAUGUCGACGUGCGGCGGCCAACACCGGAGUUGGUGCUGGGAAUCCGGUGUCUGGCCAGGGAGCUGGGAAAGCUGCAGAGCCUCAGGGAGCUCAACCUGGGAUCCUCCAGGCUCUCUGGGAAUUUGAGGCACAUUCUCUGCAAACUCCAGGCUCCGCUGGAAAGCCUGGAACUGGCCUUCUGCUCCCUCCUUCCCGCCGACUUCGCCUUCCUCUCCCAGAGCUUCCACGCGCCGGCCCUGAAGCGCCUGGACCUGAGCGGCCACGACUUCUCCCAGAGCCUCCUGGAGCCCCUGCGGCAGCUCCUGGAGGAGACCUCGGCCUCGCUGCUGCACCUGGACCUCAUGGAAUGCCGGCUGACAGACUCACACCUGGAUGCCCUGCUGGUGUCACUCCGGCACUGCUCCUGCCUCCGCUCUCUCGGACUCUUUGAUUCCUUCUCCACAGCAGGGCUCAAGGAUUUAUUAUGGAAAACUGUGGUCCUGCCAGAUCUCCGCCUGGUCGUGUAUCCUAUCCCUGUGGAUUGCUACAAGUCAGGGCUGGAUCCUGGCUGGAUUUUGGAGGAGCAGCUGGACAGGAAUGUUUGGGGAGCAGUGAGCGCAGAGCCCCGGAUGCUGGAGAGCUUCGGACGAGCCGAUAUCGUCUGGACUUCCAACCCCUAUGGACACGAAGCCCUGGAUUACUUCUGCCUUGUAGCUGGGGAAGAGCUUGGAGCCUUCAGCCUGGAGAAGUGCUGUGGCCUCAGUGCCUCCUUCCUCAAAGAAUUGUGUUUUGACCUCAUUUUGGUAUUUUUCCUGUUAUCCAGUGGUUUUUUUGCCUCAUCCCAAUGGUUUUCCACCUCAUCCCAGUGUUUUCCAGUAACUUUUGUUACCACCUUGUCACCAGCCAUAGCUGGGACCAGACCUGAUGUCACUGGAAACCUCCCGAACUCUGCUAAUGAACACUGGAUAUUAAUUAAUUACUAAUUAAUAAAUCAGCAUCACUUGGCUGGUGAUGAAAUUCCUGCCA